UGUUUUUGUACGAAAUUGCAUAGAUUCGUUUGAGCAUUUCAGCCCAAGCUUUAGAGGAAGAAACAUUGGUUACAUAACGAACUACCAAGCCCAUUCAAAAGCCCAUUAGUGUAUAAAACGAAAGCCCUAAUUUCUCCAAUACGCAAAGUGAGUGUCGAAGAGAGAGAGAUAAUCGAAGAAGAAGAGAAAUGAAAUUCACAGAUUCUCCGGUGAUCGAUCUGACGGUGAACGGCACAAAACUCUCAAUCCAACAAGACAAUGGCUCUAUGCACGUCGGAACUUCCGUCUGGCCUUGCUCACUAAUCCUAUCCAAAUUCGCUGAACGCUGGUCAACACUAGACUCAUCAUCAUCAACAACAUCUCCAAAUCCAUACGCCGAACUCUUCGAUUUCCGUCGCCGUCGAGGAAUCGAGCUAGGAACAGGAUGCGGAGUCGCCGGUAUGGCUUUUUACUUACUAGGUCUAACGGAGAUCGUACUCACAGACAUAGCACCAGUCAUGCCUGCGCUAAAACACAAUCUGAAACGGAACAAAACGGCGUUAGGUAAAUCUCUAAAAACCUCGAUUGUUUAUUGGAACAAUCGAGAUCAGAUCUCGGCGUUGAAACCGCCGUUUGAUUUGGUUAUUGCGGCGGAUGUUGUGUAUAUUGAGGAAUCUGUAGGGCAAUUAGUGACGGCGAUGGAGUUGCUUGUGGCGGAUGAUGGUGCGGUGUUGUUAGGUUAUCAGAUUAGGUCACCGGAAGCUGAUAAGUUGUUUUGGGAGUUAUGCGACAUCGUUUUUAAGAUUGAGAAAGUUCCUCAUGAGCAUCUGCAUUCUGAUUAUGCUUAUGAAGAAACUGAUGUUUAUAUCUUUAGGAAGAAGGUGAAGAAGAAUGAAGCUGAAUCAGUGUCAUGAAGCUAGUUUUGGUUCUGUAAUGUUGUUGUUACAUUGAUAUGUAAUUUGUUUCUUGUUAUAGAAUUCGAAUUAUCUCAACUAUUUAUAUUUUCUUAGAUAUUGGCUACUAAAAGAUGACAAAGGCUGAAAUCAAAUUUUUGUAACGAUUUUUUUAAGAAGUAUACAAGUUUUGUUGUGUGUUUUUGAAAUAUAUACAAAGUAAGUUCUCUUGCCCAAAGAAAUAUGUGAAGUAACCAACAUUGUGUUUCUAUAUUAGACUGAUAAAU